AUGGCUCCAGGCAUGUCAAUUCCUGAUAGAAUUUGUAAAUGUAUUGAUAAAUUAUGGGUCGAAGGAGAACUUUGUGACUUUACAGUUCAAAUCAACGACUUUUCCAUAAAAUGCCAUCGCUUCAUUCUUGGAGCAUGUUCGCCAUUUUUUCUUGGACUGCUGAGAUCUGGAAUGAAAGAAGCCAACGAGGGACGUGUAGUUCUACAAGAUAUAUCAGUCUCCACCUUCCAGUUAAUCCUGAAAACUUUGUACACCGGUGAAGACGUGUUGAGUCUCGACAACUUCAUAGAAAUCUGGCACGCUGUAGAUAUGCUGAAGAUUGAAUUUCUUGUAGAGUUAUGUGAAACAUUCGCUACUAAAAACAUACAACUGGAAAAUUUCAGUGAAAUCUUCUCCACUGCCAACCUCUUUAAUUCUAAAUCAGUGCUGUCGUCGGUUAAAGCAUUCCUGAUCCAGAACAUUAAAGCUAUUUAUGCAUCUAAACUUUAUUUAGAAUUAUUGUUUGAUGAAAUGUGUUUUAUAGUUAGCAGUCACGCCCUUCAUUUCAAAAGCGAAGACACUGUACUAGAGAUGGUUCUAAACUGGGCUGAAUACAAACAUGGUGCUAAAGAUUCUGAAGUGGUAAACAAAUUCACUGGUAACAAUAAAAAGUUUAAAACAUUUGAGACAAUUCAUAGUUUACAUAAUGUUAGCAUGAAAUAUAUACAUCAUAACAGUUUAGAAGCUGAAUCUGCCUUCGUUACUGAAACUAUUAAUUGUGAAAACAAGGUAAUAUAUGUAACAAACAAUGAUAACGAAUCAAAUCGAUCAGAGAGUGAGGAUUCAGUACAAUCGGAUAGUUUGUGUUGUAGCUCAAAAACCACUUCUUCAGAAAAUCUUAGCACUGAUAGAUUUGAUAAACUCAACAUCUUACUGCGUCACGUGCGAGCUUGUAUUAUAAGCCCUAGUUUACUAAUAAAUGUUUUAAAACAUCGUCUCAUUAAACGUAACGAUAAUGCAUGUCAGAUAAUCCUCUCAUCUGUUGUGAAGCAGAUGUCCUUCCGUCACGGCCAGUGGCCUACAGCAGGUAUCUACAGACAGCUUCACAAAUACAAGUGCUUUUGUGUCACUUAUAUGAACGGUACUGGGAAAUUCUUGUUGAUCGAUCCGCUUGAUGAAAAAAGGUACACUCUAACGUCAUGUCCCCGAUUAUGUCGCAACAUCCAGCUAGUUGCUUUUGACAAGCAACUCUACGCUACUGGUGGACAAUUUGUGAAUCAGAUUACAAGUGACAUGUUUGUUUACGGGGAUAACACAUGGACACAUGUAGCAGAGAUCCCAGGAACAAGUAUAUUACUAGCAAGCAAUGGACAAUACAUAUAUGUUACAAAUGUAUCUAAACAUGUAAUAUAUCAACAUAACCCGAAAGGUAAUUCUCCCAACAUGAUUACAUUCACAGAUCUACCAGCUGCGUGUUUUGCAACACAUGUUAUGAGCUACCACAUGCAUCUUCUGUUCUUCAUUGCUUUCAAAGAAACAGAAAUCCAUAUGCUAGACCUUCAGGACAAAAGUUGGACAAAACUGGACAACCUCGAUGGACCUGCUAAAACAUCAUCAGUUUUCGUAACGACGACAACCACUUUGUGCUACAAACAAACGGCAACUUGUGGGUUUUGA